GGGAGGCGUCGGAGCCGCUUCCUGGGCGCCGUGGGCGCGGGCGGCGCGGGCGCGGAGGAGCGCGGGGAGCGGGGACGGCGCACCUGGGGCGGCCGGGCGCGGGCGACAUGGAGGACGGCGUGCUCAAGGAGGGCUUCCUCGUCAAGAGGGGCCACAUUGUCCACAACUGGAAGGCGCGAUGGUUCAUCCUUCGGCAGAACACUCUGGUGUACUACAAGCUUGAGGGGGGUCGGAGAGCGACCCCUCCCAAGGGCCGCAUCCUCCUGGAUGGCUGCACCAUCACCUGCCCCUGUCUGGAGUAUGAAAACCGACCGCUCAUCAUUAAGCUGAAGACGCGAACAUCCACGGAGUACUUCCUGGAGGCCUGCUCUCGAGAGGACAGGGACGCCUGGGCCUUUGAGAUAACAGGAGCUAUUCACGCAGGGCAGCCGGGGAAGGUCCAGCAACUCCAUGUAUUGAGAAACUCCUUCAAGCUGCCUCCUCACAUCAGCCUGCAUCGCAUUGUGGACAAGAUGCACGACAGCAGCAGCGGAAUCCGUUCAAGCCCCAACAUGGAGCAGGGAAGCACCUACAAAAAGACCUUCCUAGGCUCCUCCCUGGUGGACUGGCUCAUCUCCAACAGCUUCGCAGCCAGCCGUCUGGAGGCGGUGACUCUGGCCUCCAUGCUCAUGGAGGAGAAUUUCCUCCGGCCAGUGGGUGUCCGAAGCCUGGGAGCUGUUCGCUCUGGGGAUCUGGCUGAGCAGUUUCUGGAUGACUCUACUGCCCUGUACACUUUUGCUGAGAGCUACAAGAAGAAAAUAAGCCCCAAGGAAGAAAUGAGUCUCAGCACUAUGGAGCUAAGUGGCAUGGUGGUGAAACAAGGCUAUCUGGCCAAGCAGGGGCACAAGAGGAAAAACUGGAAGGUCCGUCGCUUUGUUCUGAGGAAGGAUCCAGCUUUCCUGCAUUACUACGACCCUUCCAAAGAAGAGAACAGGCCAGUGGGUGGGUUUUCUCUCCGUGGUUCACUCGUGUCUGCUCUGGAGGAUAAUGGUGUUCCCACUGGCCAGCAGCAAGGCAGAGCGAGCAGAGUGGAUUGAAGCUAUCAAAAAGCUAACAUGACAAGGACCUGAGGGAACCAGACCAGGAUUCCCUCCUCCUACCAGAUGAUACAGACAGGAUCUCCUGGAGAAUGGAAGUGUGUUAAGACUUUUAACUUCUUUGUAUGUUUUGUACUGCUUUGGAGUGAGACAGCUGAAAGUUCCUCAUAUUACAAACGGCUGUGGUGCUAUUUCCUUACCCAUCUUCAUGUUACCAACUAAGUGGAUAAAGGCUAAGAACAGCCAUUAGGCGUCAGCAUAUUGACAUUUGCCCAUUAUUAAAAAUAGCCAUUUCCUCAGGUACCAAAGUAGAUUCCCUUUGUUGGAACUCUAACUGGCCAUACUGUAAUAUUAUAAAUAAAUAAAACUCUAUUCUCAUUCAGCUUUCUCUGAAAUAGUUAUCAACAACUCUUAACUCCUUUGUUAUUAAUAAAAAUUGACAUUUGUUUCUGGCUAUUAGAAUCCUAAGUUUUAUAGUUUUCAAGAAACAUUUCAAGUAUUUCUGUCACUAAGACACAUACUUCAUCUUAGAGUAGGGAUGGUGGCAAAACUUUGGUUUAACAUGCAGAGAAUACUGUUUUGCUUUGGAAAGAAAGCCUGCAUAAGUAUAUACAUUGCAGAAAAGAAGUCAGGGAUUCAGUUGGAGAAAUUAGUCACACACAUGAAAAAAAAAAAAAGGCCCAUUUUUCUUUCUAUGAAAAAUGGGCAUUUAGAAGAUGUAAGGACAGAGAAAGAUGUAAAUGAGAAAAUGAAAUCAAGGCAUUAAAUUUUGGUUUUAAAAUGAACAUUAACUGAGUAAGACAAAUAGGUACCAAGAAACACCACCAGUUAGGAGGUUAAUCUUAAGUAGUGAAAAAUCUGUAUCAUACAAUAUUUUUAAAGAACAUUUUUAUUACUUUCAAGUUUAUACAGUAAUCUGGCACAAGCUAUUGCCAGCAUUCUUGCCAAGUAUAAGUACUUGGACUUCUUUUAAUGAAUAGAUAAAAUACAUAACUUACAUUUAAGGGAAAUGGAUACUUCCAAAGUGCUUAAGUAAAAAUGUGUCCUCUUAAAUAAACUGUCUCCUGUUAAUCUUGUCUAUCAUACCUAACCAGAAUGAUUAGGAAUUCCAAGCUAAUGUUUUACUAAUUCCUUAUAUUCGAAGAGACUACCUUUUAAAGCACCAUUUUCCAUUUGGCAUUUUAACAGGGUCUAAUGUCCCUGGAAAUAGUUUUUUUGCUUUUUUGAGUAUCAACAGGUGUUAUAGGAAUUAAAUUGCAUUUGGUUUGAUGGCUUCCCACCUCCAAACUGUCACAAAUGUGCCU